GCCGCCUGGUUCAUUAAUCGAUAACGUUAACGGGCACGGACGAGCGACUGCGAUGGCCGAGUCAACGAAACGCACGUGGACGGGACUGUUCUUGUACACAGUGUUCUCGUGCCUGUGGGCAUAUGCGUACCAGGUCGUGUUCGUGUGUGUGCUCUUGGUUGGCAUCCUGGUGGCUGCAAGCACAUGCAAGGCGCGCAACCUCCUCAGUGGUGUUGCCCGAGCUGUGUGGCAGGCCGAGCUAUGGGUGCAUCGGCUCUACGUGACUGACUCUGUGCUGUGCGUGCCUCGAGUGGAGUCCAUCACGUUAGGCACAGUAUGGUGGACGUUCGUGUACUUCUUGCUCACCAAGGCUGUGCUCACAGCGUACUUUGCAGCCAUUUUCACGUCGCUGCUUGGCGAGUACACAUGUUUUCGAGUGGAUUCCACUCCCACCUUGUCUCCAUAUGUGUAUCGGGAUCGGUGGCAAACCCAGCCGCCAUGGUACGAAACGUCCGAGAACAGCGCCGCCGCGAUCGUCGUCACUGUCUUGGUGAGUUUCAUCUUCAACAUUUACAUGGUGUGGAUGUCCACUUGGUGGACCGACCGAUAUUACACAUGGAUGGUCAGUUUGGUGCCGGCAGACGAAACGCGGAUGCUGCCUCACUUCCACCCGUACCGCCUCCCGAAUGCAAUCGACCCGACCCUGCAUCCCCCUCCGACGUUCCUACCGCCGCCACCGCCGCCGCCUCCUCUAAUCCCCUUCAGCAGCCAGUCCAGCAGCGGAUCCGCCUAUGCCAUGGGAGCGCCACCACCGCAGCCGCCUCAGUUGGAGCACAAAUCGUCAUCGCAAUCAAGUCUGUCCUCUGUCGCAAGUGUGGCGUCUUCAACCACCUCUAGCCAUUCCGCACAUCAUCUUCCGUCGUCUGAUCGUCGCGCCAUGUCAAUGGCCUUCCAACGAUCGCACCUAGAUCAGGAGGCGUUGCAUGCCCAGUGGAUCAGCAUGCAAAGCCAGCAGUCGCCAGCUGGAGGAACCCAAUUGUUUGGGCCGCCCACUACCGCACACACACUUGGGCAAUCGCCCGCGAACCCCGCCCUCCACCACCACCCGCUUGUUCAGUUUUCGUCCACUCUCACCGAACGCCACGGCGUGGUCGGGUUCCCAGUGCCCCCACCCCCCCUUCGCACUUCCUCGUCAUCCGGACGCCUGACCGACCAGCACCUUCAACGAACCAGUCGCCGCGCGUAUAUCCCUGCGUCUCCCCGACCGCCGCAGCCUCCUCCUCAGCCACCAACACGAUCAAAGUCGUCGCGUAAAAAGGACCUAGCUUUACGUACCAAGCACGAACACAAGCUUGAAUCCAUGGUGGACCACGCCCGACACCAAGUCCAGGCGCUGCAUCACAUCCUGUCGACAUUGAAGCUCCAUCACGACAGCCAUGCCGUGGCCCACGCCCGCCGCCGUCUCGCGGUCCUAAACCAGUUGGUCGCGCAUGCCCCGUUAUCGCAGGACGAACGGCUGCAGUUUGAAUUGGCCUGUCACGAGUUUGCCGCCGUUCUCGACAACAACAAUGAAUCCGACGACGAAUCACAACAAGAUGACGACGCCCACGUGUUUGAUACAGUGAUCGAGUCGGCACAAGGCCACUUGCGAUACAUUCAACAUGUAUGGGCGGCUACGACGACUACCGACACCACCUCCGUCGUCCCCCAUGAGACAGUGUCAGACCUCCGAGGCCAACUCGGUGCGAUUAUCAAAUCGCUUCAAUUGGUGCCACCGCAGUGGCCGCGUCGGCAAGCGCUGGAGCAGCAGUGUCAUGCCCUGGACACAGACCUGACCGCGUGGUUGGUCCGCCAAGAUAGGGACAAGAAGGAACAACUUCGUCGUCAACUGGACGCGAUGCAGCACACUCUAGUCCACGGCGUGGGGCUGUCGGACGACAACAAGGCGCAGUUACAACGCAUUUGCGACGACUUGGAGGCCAAACUCGUAGCCAUGGAGCAUGCCCCCCCCCCUAUGCCGGUGAUUAUUCAACCACUUCCCCUUACUACACAACUACAAACACGGGGGGAUGAUCGACCGGUAGCCACCGACCCCCCCCCCAACGACGUUCUUCCUACCACCAGUGUAGCCCAAACCCUCGUGGAAAGGUAUGCUGCUGCUGCUUUGGCUGCUUCGAAUAAACAGGUCCCUCGGUCCGUGGCGUCGCUGCCAAGUGCCCACAUCGUUCGAGAGGUUACAAUGGAGGAUGUGGACCGAGAUGAGGCUGUCCAACGUCCAGACGAUGCACGGGAGGUGCACGUGACGCUAGCCGCUCGGUCCGGGUGGGAGUCCCCUGUCGGGUACGCAGCCCCUCCGUCCUCCACGACCUCGUACGAUCUCCUCUCCCCCACUGGAACCUCGCAUUCCACUGUCAUACCGUUCGCCUUUACGCCGUCCACUACGUACGGCCAGCUGUCCCCAAUCUCUGCACCUUCGUCGCCUUCGCUAUUUGAUUCGACGACGUUUGCAAUCGCCCCUACGUUUCGCAGUGCUACCGCUGCGUCCUUUGUAUCAGAUCAAGUUGAAGUAGACCCUGUGCACUUUCAGUCAUUUGGGCCGCCCACGGUGAGCCGGGACAUGCCGUUCAAGUUUAGCAUUUGGGCGUUCCUGGCUCACCAGCGCGACGAGGCGGUGGAGGAGGCGAUGGCGGCCGACGCGUCCGCCAGACAAGUGUCGCGCGAGCUGCUUCUUCGGGUUCGAAGAGGGGCCUUGGCUCACGUAACCCUAGAACUGCCAAGCAGCGGGUUUCAAAAUGAAUCGGAGCCGACGCAAGUGCUGACGUGGACGGGAGCAGUGUCAAGUGUACGGUACAACGUCUUGUGUACGUCAAGUGCCAAGAUCGGCCAAGUGCUGUUUAAGGCCACAAUUGUGGUCGGCACGGAAGUGCUUGUAUUGCGGUCGUAUAUAUCGGUCUCUGCGAGCCAGAUUUCCUGGGAGAACUAUGCCCAGAAUGUGACGGAACUCGAGUGCAAACUCGAAGUGCUGCCGAAAACGUUUGCCGAAAUUCCGUUUCACGACUUGUCCAUCCACGAGUUGGUUGGUCGAGGCCAUUUUGGAGAUGCAUUUCGGGCAGACUACCACGGCAAGCAGGUCGUGGUAAAAACAAUCCGAGCUAGCGCCCUUGGAGGCGACUCGGCGGACCAAAUCGUGUCUGAAUUCCGCCACGAAGCCGCGGUGUUAUCCAUGUUUGGGCACCACCCGCACAUUGUUCCGUUUGUCGGUGCGUCGACCGAUCCGUCGUCGACGCUGGCGUUGGUGACCGAGUAUUUGCCAUUUGGAACGAUUGAAGACCAGUUCAAGCGGCAGCUGUCUGCCAGUCAAAAGACCCGGAUCGUCGGCGAUGCCGCCGCGGGGCUCCUCAACAUGCACGAAGGGGGGUUCAUCCAUCGAGACAUUGCCGCGCGGAAUUGUCUGGUGGACGGCGCGCUUCGUGCCAAAGUGUGCGACUUUGGCUUGUGUCGGCGAGUCCACAAGGCCAACGAAACGUCGUCGCAUUUUGAGCACGGCGUCGGCCCGCUCAAGUACAUGGCGCCCGAGUCGCUCCAGCCGCCGCACGUGUUUUCCACAAAGUCGGACGCGUUUGCGUUUGGGGUGCUGGUGUGGGAAACAUUUGCUGAGAAAAAGCCGUUUGCGAUGAUGACCGCGCCAGAAGCCGCCGCGUACGUGCUCGAAGGCGGGCGGUGCCUCGACAUUCACUCGUCAGACAUUCCAAACGCGAUGCAAUGCCUCAUGGCGCAGUGCUUUCAGGAAGAUCCAGAGCUGCGACCGAGUAUGACAGACAUCGUGGCUGCGUGUCGACGGGGGGUUGACGACUUGACCAGAGUCGACUAGAUGGAGUAAUAGAAGGUGUGAGUGAAGUGGCAAUAGAUGUAAUUAUAGUCGAAGUGAAGACAAAGGAAGGUUGUGAUUUG